AUGCCGUUCCUGGCUGAAGAGCAUAUCGACAUACCCACUACAGAUCUAUUAUCAUGGAUGUUUGAUAGACAGACGUACGAUGCAGACAAGCCUGUAAUGAUGAUUUACGUCGACGCUGCUGAGCCAGCACGAUCGAUAUCCUCAAACCAGGCAAGGAGUAUAGCAAGGAAGUUAUGUGCGGGCUUCAGAUCGAUUGGACUGAAGGAGGGAGAUUGUGUUUGUUUGCUGUCUUUCAAUGAUAUAUAUUAUUCAAUGGCCUUCGCAGGCAUACUGACCUUCGGUGGCAUCUUUGCUGGCGUCAAUCCCUCCCACACACCAUACGAGCUCGAACAUGCUUUCCAUACUGCCGAAGUCAAGGCUCUCAUCGUCGAACCCGAGUUUCUCCCGAAUGCUCUAAAAGCUGCUCAGCAAGCCGGUAUCUCACGGACAAAUAUAUUCGUUUUCGAUCACCACACAUCAGCCGCACAGCCCUGGGAUGACAGUGAGGUUGGUGACAUAGACAUUAAAAGCUGGAGGUACCUAAUGGGUCAAGGGGAAACUGACUGGGUAAAAUGGGAUAACGGAGCACGAAGCAAAGCGACAACAGCAGCCCGUCUGUUCUCAAGCGGGACCACCGGUCUUCCCAAAGCUGUGGAGAUGACGCACCACAACUUCAUCGCCCAGCACACCAUGGUCCUCGAGCACAAAGCACGAGACUACGAAGUCAUACGCCUUCUCUGCACCCCCAUGUUCCACGUCUCCAAUGUUCCGCGCGCACACACCUCACCUCUCCGCUCCGGCCUCCUUACGUACGUGAUGCAGCGCUUCGAGCUAGAAACCUGGCUCUCGAACAUACAACGCUUCCGCAUAACAGAAGCAAACAUGGUGCCACCGAUGGUCAUCUCUGUCAUAAACUCGCCCCUCACAAAGCAGUACUCUCUAAGAUCGAUACGCAACUCCUGGGUUGGCGCAGCACCGCUUGCCGCCGAACCGCAAGCGCGCUACAAAGCCCUCUUACGGGCCGACACACCGUUCAAUCAAGUCUGGGGCAUGAGCGAAACGAGUUGUAUAGCGACGAUGGUGCACUACCCUGAGCAAGACUUGACAGGGUCUGUGGGCAGGUUUCUGCCGAACAUGGACGCAAAGUUAGUAGACGACGAGGGGAGGGAUAUCACGGACUAUAAUGUCAGGGGGGAGCUGUGUGCGAGGGGCCCGCUGAUAGUGAAGGGAUAUUACAAUAACUCACAAGCGAAUGCUGAGAGUUGGGAUAAGGAUGGAUACUUCCACACCGGAGACAUCGCUGUGCGGCGUCGAGACAACAGAUUGUGGUAUAUCGUCGAUAGGAAGAAGGAACUCAUCAAAGUCCGCGGGUUCCAAGUCGCCCCCGCAGAACUCGAAGGCGUGCUCCUUUCACACCCCGAGAUCAGCGACGCAGCCGUCAUUGGUGUCGCAGCAGGCGGCACGGGCGGAGCAAACACCAUCGCUAGAGCGGGCGAGGAGGGCAGUGAGCUACCACGAGCAUACAUCGUGCUAAAGCAAGGCGGCCAGCUAGCCGAGACAGACGUGCAAGCAUACAUGAGAGAGAAACUAGCUGGGUACAAGCAACUGGUAGGCGGUGUGCGGUUCAUGGACUCGAUACCGAAGAACGCAUCAGGCAAGAUACUGAAGAAAGAUCUCAAGGAGGUUGCUAGGAAGGAAAUGAGUGCGCGGUUAUAG